AAUAAAUACCACUGAAUGAAUGAAAUCCAGUGGAGCCAAAUUCUUUGCUCUUUGCCAAGAGCAAAUCAAACAAAAUCCUUACCAUUGGUUUCAAGCUUCUCCAUACCUUAUCACCCAUCAUUGAGGAAGAGAACAAACUAUGGGAAGAAGAAAAGGACGCUUCUAGUGAAAAUGGUGAGCCAAGCCGGGACGGGUUUCAGCUUCAAUACGAAAAGAAGCCGGCUGCAGGAGAAACUGGUCCUAUUGCACCAUGAUCCGAUCGUGAACAAACGUGUCCUCUUUGUGGAGAAGAAAAAAUCCGCUCCAUCUAAACAAUAGCGUGAAAAUGGACUGGAUUUAUAAAUGAGGAAGACUCUUGGGGGGAAACACUGAUUCAGAAAUCCUGCAGUGUGAGCUAAAAGAAGAGGAAAUGGCCUGGAAUGGCUGCCUCCUGUGAUUUGAAGGCCAUUGUGAAGGGAAACAAUGCAGCGAAAGAAAGUUCUUCACUUCGGGUCAUUUAUCAUUGCAUCAAACAUUUAUUUAUCUUUCAGGUUAUUUUAAUAACCCGCAAUAAAAAUUUUAAAAUAGCCAAGA